AAGGAGGCCGUGUGGAGGACCUUUGGUCAAUGGAAUAAAAUGUAUCAACUGAAACAAAACGUGGAAGUCUGUUUUCUCUACAGCUUCUGAACUUCAGGACCCACAUACCUUCAUUAAAACCAGAAGAAACAGAAGAAGUGAUGAAAAGGUGACACAUGGCCUGAACGUUUUCUGCAUUUUCAUUCGGACAAGCAGCAUGUGAGAUACCAGAGACCUGUUCAGACUGGAAGAUUUGUGGUGCAAUGAAGAAGCAUGAUUCACUCAGCAGACAAAUAGAGACCAGGAACACAUGGAGAAGGAGGAAAGAGAUAUAAAUGUAUCUGAACCACAGCAGCUACUGUUAAUGGCUACACAAUGAAGGCCCAGUUACAGAUAACAGUUUUGUCAGCUAAGCUGAAAGAGAACAAGAAGAACUGGUUUGGGCCUAGUCCGUAUGUGGAGGUGGCUGUAGAUGGCCAGUCGAAGAAAACAGAGAAGUGCACCAACACUCUCAGUCCCAAAUGGAAGCAGCCCCUCACAGUAAUUGUUACCCCCUUCAGCAAGUUAAUUUUUCGUGUCUGGAGUCAUCAGACUCUCAAAGCAGACAUUUUGUUGGGAAUGGCAACUUUAGAAGUCAGUGAGACCCUGAAAUCCAAUGACAUGAAGAUCCAUGAGGUGAUACGGACUCUGCCUCUAAGUGCAGAUGCUGAUGGCAGUGACUUGGUGGGAGAUUUGUCUGUGUGUCUGGAUGGAAUGCAGGUGGAUCCUGAAACAUUUGCUUCUGAGGAACAGAAGCACAAUGGUCUAUCAAAUAGGGAGUUCAAGCAAGAGGCAGUUGGAAGAUCGAGUCGAGAUUCCUCACCCUCCAGUGACAUUGCUGAUGAUUCUUCUCUGCCCAAUGGCCAUGCUGUGGGAAGCACAGGCUCUCCCUCAACAUCCACAGGAGCGCUGCGGCCUCCAAGGCCCCCUAGACCCCAGAGACCACCUCCUCCCUCCCCACAGAGACCAAAUUCCUCCACAGCAUCCUCUACUGGCUCUACACCAACCCAUGGCAGUGGUGGUCCAAGUCCAGACUCAUCCCCACGCUUAUUUGUGAAUGGAGAGGCAGCAAACCAGGGAUCAACCUCAGGGUCAGCGCUGAGAGUGAGCCCUACUCCACGCAGAGUUUCUCCCAUCAACAAUGGCCCACUUCCCCCUGGCUGGGAACAGAGGGUGGAUCAGAAUGGUCGUAUCUACUAUGUGGAUCACAUUGAGAAAAAGACCACAUGGGAGAGGCCUGAACCUUUGCCUCCUGGCUGGGAGCGUCGCGUGGACCCAAUGGGCCGAGUGUAUUAUGUGGAUCACAUUAGCCGGAGCACCACGUGGCAGCGGCCCACUGCAGAGUCUGUGAGGAAUUAUGAGGAAUGGCAGAACCAACGGAGCCAGUUACAGGGAGCCAUGCAGCAGUUCAACCAGAGAUUUAUUUUUGGGUUACAGGAUCAGCUAGGGCCAGCUCCUAAUAAAGAGUUUGAUCCACUAGGUCCUUUACCACAGGGAUGGGAGAAACGAACUGAUGCAAAUGGGAGAAUGUACUUUGUUCAUCAUCCUACUCGUUCAACACAGUGGGAGGAUCCUCGUACUCAGGGGUUGUUGAAUGAAAAGCCCCUGCCAGAAGGUUGGGAGAUGAGGUUCACAGUGGAUGGAAUUCCAUAUUUUGUUGACCACAACAGGAGAACGACCACCUACAUUGACCCUCGCACCGGGAAAUCCUCACUUGAGAAUGGCCCUCAGAUUACCUAUGUACGCGACUUUAAAGCUAAAGUGCACUAUUUCCGCUUCUGGUGUCAGCAACUGUCAAUGCCUCAGCACAUCAAAAUCCAUGUUAGUCGCAAGACACUUUUUGAGGAUUCCUUUCAGCAGAUCAUGAGCUUCCACCCACAAGAUCUGAGGCGGAGACUAUGGAUCAUCUUUCCCGGAGAGGAGGGACUGGACUAUGGAGGAGUAGCUAGGGAAUGGUUUUUCCUGUUGUCUCAUGAAGUUCUGAACCCCAUGUACUGUCUUUUUGAAUAUGCGGGUAAAGACAACUACUGCCUGCAAAUCAACCCUGCCUCCUCCAUCAACCCAGACCACCUCAAAUAUUUCAAGUUCAUUGGAAGAUUUAUUGCCAUGGCUCUGUUUCAUGGGAAAUUCAUAGACACCGGCUUUUCUCUGCCCUUCUAUAAGCGGAUCUUGAACAAGCCUCUGGCACUGAAAGACCUGGAAUCCAUUGACCCUGAGUUCUACAACUCCCUAAUCUGGAUCAAGGAAAAUAACUUGGAGGAGUGUGGGCUGGAGAUGUAUUUCUCAGUAGAUAAGGAGAUCUUGGGUGAGAUCACUACUCAUGAGCUGAAGCCAGAUGGAGGAAACAUUCUUGUAACCGAGGAAAAUAAGGAAGAGUACAUCAGACUGGUGGCAGAGUGGAGGUUAUCCAGGGGGGUAGAGGAACAGACCCAAGCUUUCUUUGAAGGUUUUAAUGAAGUCUUGCCUCAGCAGUAUCUGCAGUAUUUUGAUGCCAAAGAGCUGGAGGUGAUGCUGUGUGGAAUGCAGGAGAUUGAUCUUUCAGACUGGCAGAGGAACACAAUCUACAGACAUUAUGCUCGCAACAGCAAGCAGAUCAUGUGGUUCUGGCAGCUCGUAAAAGAAAUGGACAAUGAGAAGAGGAUGCGAUUGCUACAGUUCGUGACUGGGACUUGCAGGCUUCCUGUUGGAGGAUUUGCUGACCUCAUGGGGAGCAAUGGACCACAGAAGUUCUGCAUUGAGAAAGUGGGAAAAGAGAACUGGCUUCCCAGGAGCCACACAUGUUUCAACCGUUUGGAUCUGCCUCCCUAUAAGAGCUAUGAGCAGCUCAAAGAAAAGUUGAUGUUUGCCAUCGAGGAGACAGAAGGCUUUGGCCAAGAGUGAUGCAUACAUUCACACCCCUGCAUGUCCUUUGCACGUCUCCGUGGCAGCAGUUUACCAUUCAGACUUAUCGGAGAGAAUGCUGCUGAACGACUGAAAGAGAGAGAUGUAGUGAGAAAAGAAAAAAUUCUUGAAAUCACCAUUCCUUCAUCACAUCACCUAGUCUCACAUUUCCCUUCAAAUUUCAAAUGCACUGUUUGAAAUUUCACUCUUUUGUGGUAGUACUGUCUUUGUUAGUCAUCUAUGCACCAGAAUGUCUGGGCUUAAAUGAAUUAAACGCCACUCAAGGUGCACACACACACAUACUAUGUGUGUGUGUGUGUGUGUGUGUAUAUAUAUAUAUAUAUAUAUAUAUAUAUAUAUAUAUAUAUAUAUAUAUAUAUAUAUAUAUAUAUAUAUAUAUAUAUAUAUAUAUAUACACACACACACACACUUGUCCAUGCUAUGCACCCUGUUUGGCUGGAUUCAUGAUUAGUAUUUUACAAAACUGUUUUUCUGGGGUUUUUUGUUUUAACCUUAUACAUGCCCCUCAUUUACAGUUGGACACCUGUUUUCUGGCAGCACUUAUAGUAGCUCGACCGCAUGAAUAUUCUGUUCUAUUUUAUAGGCUCUAUCAUUUGGGUAGCUGUCUGAGUCUGCUGAGUUUUAGAAUUAAGAUCAGAAUGUUUUCACACUGAUAAAGCACUUUGAGAUAUGAGCUUGAUGGCUAACAAAUGAUGUCAGAGGUUGAUAAGCAUAUAAGUUGAUAAGCAUAUAAGGCAUUGGGUUAUUUAAUUUCUUAAGAAAACCUGGAGAGGAUCAACAUCUAGUUUUAGUCUUCUGGUGACUAGAACCAGCCUUCUCAUUUUAGAAAUGGGUGCAUGCUUUUAGUGCAAGUUAAGCCAUCUGCUUUUAGUGAACCAAAUUACCCCAACAUGUGAAAGGAGUUGGGGUGAAUUGAUCCAAGCCUAUUUUCCUCAUAUCUGAAAUAAUAUACAAAUCCCUCAUCUAGUUUUCUGAGAAUUUUUUUCAAAAAUGAGCAAGGCAGAAGAUGUAAGAUAUAAGAAUGCAUUUUUUAAAUACUAGGAUGUACAUGUCAUUGUGGUAAAAAAAAAAAAAAAAAAUCAUUUCUAAUUCUGGUUGAUACUAUUAGGCUUUAAUCUAGGAAAUAAAAUUAGUUCCAUUACGACAAGUUUGUUUUUUCUCUGCGUUAUUUACUGCAUUCGGCCCCUGAAAUGUUCUGAAGUGAGCCGAUUUUCAUUAGAUGCGAGUCUGACCAUGCACUUGUCACUUUCUAGUUUUCUGAGCAGGUUUAGAUUUCUCCAGAACUGUCCUGAACACCUAUCCCUUUAAAGACCCUGCCAUGCUUUAAUGUAGAAAUCAAAAAUUCACCAGUAAUGAUUUUGCUUGGGCAUUUCAGGUCUUCUACUGCUAAAAGGUGCUUCAUUUUCAUUACUGGUGUUUUCUUUUUAAGAAAAUUAUUGAUAGGGUGUUUGCUGUAGGUGUUAGAAUUCUUCUGAAAAAAACGCAAUGCUGUGUAUUUAAACUACUAUGUUAAUAUACAAUUCAAAAGCAAAUUCUAGCCACAUAGUUUGAAAGACCAUAGUGAGUUGUCUGCUUUCAGAUCAUUUUUGUGUCUUGAAAUAAAAGCGACAUAAACCAUUAAUAGCAAGCUUAGUAUAGAACUAGCUCAAAACCCAAAUAGAGAUAAUGAAAGAGCUCCAUCUCCAAAACCUCCUUAAUAAGUGAAACAACUCCCCUCUCUAAACUGUGAGCUUGUGUUAUUAAUCUGGGAGUUGUAGUACAUAUUUUCUUAAUUACUUUGUUUUGAAAUCUAAUGGAUAUACCUGAAUAGGUCAGACGUUAUUGACUUUAAUUUUUCAUGCAUCAGCACAGUAAUAAAGCAGACAAAUGCACUCCACAAAAAAAAAGUAAAAUAAAAAAGAAGCAAACAGAUCAGCAAUCUGUGAUUUCUUGACUAUUUACUUCAUUAUCCUGUCUGACGUCAAAAUUAUGCAAAAUUCAAAUAUCCUUUUGUGAUGUACAGUGAAAUGGAUUCCAGUGCUGAAAUGAAUGAAGUUGUCUUUUAUUUCUGUGAAAUCAACUAUUUAUUUUGUAAAAGUAAUUUUUCAAAGAGCCACAAUGUCCGGCAGUCUUUGUACACCACUGUUUUAAGAGUACGUUUUAAAUUUACAGGCAGCACAAUGCAACACCUAACCUAAUGUACUAUUGACUUUAAGGGGAUCUUGAUUUAUUUAUUUUUUUUGUCCCUUUAGCCAAAAUGAAUCCACAUAUCAAUAUUAAGAUCAAAUGCUGUGGUGUGAUAUAGACUGACAAUGCAGCUCUAACUGAUUUGUGGUUAUUUGACUGAGGUUAAUAUUAUGUCGUUCAGCUGCCCAUUAAGCCCUUAUUAAUGUAAUCAUGUCUUAAAAAAUCAUUUGUAUGCAAGCAGAAAGUUUCAGACUGUUUCAUCUCUUUAUUUUCUUAUCUAACAAAGACAUUGUAAAUCUUGUAACAUUUAGCUUAUCUUUUACUAAGUGGGGUUUAAUGUUAUUUUGAACGAAUUUUAUUUUUCUUAUGUGGAUGUGUACAGUUGGUUGAUUCUUGUCAAAAUAUUCUGAACUGAAGAAAUAAAUAUAUAAUGCAUUA